GCACGCGCGGCGCGACGACGCGUCUGUGCGCCUACGCGCGGUCAAUACGCGCAAACAGCCUUCCGCCGACGAGCGUCACUCAGCGUCUGCGGUGGCUGCAUGCCUCUCUCCAGCCCGUUUAACUCUACGCACACUACUCUCAUCCGCCGCUGAACUGGCUCUAAUCAUCGAGAUUGAUGUCUGUAUGGCUUCCCAGAACGUCGCCCGCUCUCCUUGCUCGCACUGCUAGUCGCCAGAACCAGCUUGUGACCCUUCGCGUGCUCGCCGUCAGCCGGAGCCCACAUCUCCCGCUAACGCCGCUGGCAGCCUCUGCGUUCUCUAGACGGUACGAGAGUACUCGCCCGUCAUCCGAAAAUGCUAGGAACGCCUCCACCUCUGCGACAGGGCCUUCUGCGGAACCCAAGCCCACCCCUCCUACUCCUAAAGAGCCGACGGAUGCCGCACCGUUAGCGACUAGGGUAUGGAAGAAAGUCAAGCACGAGGCGCAGCACUAUUGGCAUGGUAGCAAACUGCUCGGUGCGGAAGUCCGCAUCUCCUCUCGGCUUGUGUGGAAGAUUCUGCACGGCGAAAUCUUGACCAGGAGAGAACGCAGACAGCUCAAGCGUACCACGCAAGACUUGCUGCGACUCAUUCCAUUUGCGGUCUUCGUAGUUGUGCCGUUCAUGGAGUUCUUGAUUCCGGUUGCCCUGAAGCUGUUCCCGAACAUGCUCCCGUCUACAUUUGAGGACAAGUUCGCGGCUCAAGAGAAGCAGCGGAAACUUCUCCGUGUACGUUUGGACAUGGCGAAGUUCUUGCAGGAGACGCUGCGAGAGUCGGGUUUGAAGGCCAAUGCACACAUCGUGGGCAGCGAGGCAUUCAAGGAGUUCUUCCGCAAGGUUCGGUCCACCGGAGAAUCCCCCUCUGCCACGGAUGUCAUCAACGUCGCCCGCCUCUUUGAUGACGAUCUAACACUGGACAACCUUUCCCGUCCUCAACUUGUCUCCAUGUGUCGCUACAUGGGCAUCAAUGCUUUCGGCACGGACAACUUCCUCAGAGGUAACAUCCGCCAGCGACUGACGGAGCUCCGCCGCGACGACCAGCUCAUUGAAAUGGAGGGCGUCGACAACCUCAGCACGUCUGAACUGCAAGCCGCGUGCCAGAGCCGCGGUAUCCGGACGAGCGGUGUCUCUCCCGCCCGCCUGCGCGAGGAGCUCUCGACCUGGAUCACCUUGCAUCUGCACAACCGUGUCAGCGGUGUCCUGCUUGUCCUUGCUAGGGCAUUCCAGUUCGACAAGAAGCCUGGAGACGAGGACGGCAAGACCGCGAUCAUCCAGAGCUUGGAGAGCGUGCUGUCUGGUCUGCCGGACAACUUGCUUAACGAAGCCGAACUGGAAGUCGAGUCGGACAAGGCGAGCUUCAAGCAGAAGCUCGAGGUCUUGCAGCAACAGGAGGAGCUCAUUGAGGAUGAGGAGGAGCAAGAGCAGAAGGAAGAGGACGCUCGGCGGGCGAAGAGGGAGGAGGAAGCUCGUCUUGCAGAGAUGCUGCUGCCUGAGACUGAGCUUCAACCUGAGAGAGCUGCCGAAAAGGAGACGGAUGCUCGCAUGACCACAGAGCAACUGAAGGAACUCGCUGCCGCCCUGUCUGUGCUCUCGUCCAAGUCCUCUGUCCUCAAGGAACGCGAUGAGCUGCACGCGCUCAUGGAGGAGAACAUGCAGGCUGAGGAGCAGGAUCCAAAGUCGCCAGCGGCGGCGUUGACGAAGCGCAUCAGAUCGAUGCUCACCAAAAUCGACGCACAGCUCUCCGACUACGACGCGCGUGUUGGCUCCUCGCUGCAGAUGAUCUCGUGUGAUCCGCAGGGCCGGAUCUCGGUGGAGGACCUCGAGAAGGCGCUUGCCGUCAUUAAGCACAAGCCGGACGAGGAGGUGGGGCACAAGGUGAUCGAAAAACUGGACGUGGACAAGGACGGGUUCGUAGAGCUCGAGCACGUCCUUGGUCUGGUCCGGGAGGAAGGUCUAGGCACGCUUCUCGAUGACGAAGCACAGUCCCUCAUUGGACAGGGCAACGAACUCAAGAACAAGCCGAGAAAGGAGGAUAUCGUGCAGGAGUGAUCUGCGCCCUUACCUGUUACAGCCUAGACCUAAUACGACCGAUUUUCGAUUGUGA